AUGACAGUCCAGCUGAACGACCUACCACCGAUACCACCGGGAAGCGCCGUUUCGUCGCAAAGUCAACAGCCGCAACACCAUCGCUAUCAUCAUCUGCAUCAUGAUCCGGCCUACAACAUCACGACCGCCGAGGCGGAUCUCGACUAUAACAGCGACAAUAGCCUAGCGGCGGUACUGCAUCAACAGCAGCAGCAGCAGCACCACCCUGCGGCGGUAGCGCCACAUCAUGCGCAUCAUCACCAUCAUCGCUACAUGCCGUCGAGCUCCAGUUCUUGUGAUAACACCAAACAACCGACUCACCGACUCGGGGGCAGUCCCGGGGCUGGCGGGUCUUGCGAUGAGAACACGCCCAGCGUUUUGGACAUCAAUCUAGACACCAAGAAGAUUUCGCUUGCCACCGCACACCACGGCUCGAGGCUUAGCUCACCGGCCCGAUUCGGUUCGGACGAGCGGAAGUACACCAACAACCAUCAUCAUCAUCAUCAUCACCACAGUCACCACAUCGAGGUGUACAGCGAUGGGGGGGCGAACGUGCUCGACAACAGCAAGCUGGAGGAGGAGAUCUCGGAAGACGAUCGAGGGCCACCACUUCCGCCACGGCCGGCACCGCGAACCCGCACCCUGCAGCGGAUGGACCCGGCUCCCUCGACAUCCGGCGUGCGGAAGUACGUCAUCUGGUGUCUGAUAUGCGGUGGCAUCUCCAGUCUACUCGGUGUGCUGUUUCUGGGCAUCUACUUCCUGCUCCGUUCGUACACCAGCACCGUGGGGUACUUCGAAACGGUGCCAACGUUCGUGCCCGCGACACUGCUCAUGCUGACUGGCAUCUGUAUAAUGAGUCUGGCGAGGCGAAGGAAUCGAUACAGUUACUUGAUCAAACUGUCCGGGGCCUGUGGGCUGGCGUCCGCGCUAACGUGCGCUCUGGUGACGGUGACGACGACCGUGUUGCACAUGAGCCGAUUGCAAGUGCUGCGGGAGUGCGAGUACACGCAGAAGACCCGGACCUGCACCUGCUACUCGGUGACGGCCGAUAAGCAAACGGACGGCGUGGAUGACAGCAGCGUGCGGUUCGUGUUCGAUUCGACGUCCGACUGUGGUGUCGUACACGGCGCACUCUACUCCUGUUUGCGGGCUGUCUUCGGUCUGUCGGUGGCCGGUGUGCUGGUGGCCGUUUUUAGCUGCAUGCUCGUGUACCAGCUGCUCAGCCACGAGCGCAAGAAGAUGUACUGGGAGCAGUUGGAGUUACGGUGCCGCUCGCUCUACUCCGGCCAGCAGGGCGCUCCCUCCGUGCUGCCGUCCGGUCCGGGGAUGCUCGGUGGUGUCGGCAGUGUUGCUGGCGGACCGGUGGGCGGUGGUGGACGGGCCGGGAACUGUCGGUGCUGCGAGCAGUGCCAUGCUCACCGGAACGCGCUGCCGUCGGCCUACCCCUGGGAAGGGGACAAUCGAUUCUGGACACCGGGACAGGCCGGUAACUUUUACUCUCCCAACCCGGGAGGGGACGAGCCGGGUGGAAGUGCCCGUUUGAAUGCGAGUGGUCGCCGCCUGCCCGGCUGGAGCUGGCCCCGGAUGCCGUGGCAGCGUAGCGAUGCCGCACCGCAGCGGAUGUCACCCCACAGUCCCGACUCCCAGUACGGAUUCUCCGGAAACCGAGCGGGACCGGGCGCGGGUGGCCCACCGGGCGCCGUCGGUACACUACUCGGUGAUUCCGUGCAGCCGCGGUACAACGUGAUUGACCAACAGUACGGCAUCUGGGGACCCCCGCCACCAUACAGCGACCCGAACAGUCCUGCGCGCCGUGGUCGCUACCAGUACAUCCACCCUGGCCAGUGUGGUCCGCCAUUGAUUGACCCCAGCACCGUGGGAAUGGUGGGCACGGGCCCUAUGAUGGCAGGCGGUGGAAUGGCCCAGAACGGACCCGGAUCGGGUAUAACCAUUCUCGAGUGCCACCAGCACGCCGUAAUGGGUGUCGACGUUCACGGUAUUCCGCAGCAGUACGUGCCAGGUCCGCAACCGGGGGGCCACCAGUCCAGUGCCUCCGGCCAUCCUACGCAAUCGGCGCCCAAUCAUUAUCCACGUGGUGGCAACAACUCGCCCGCGGCCUGUAUCAAUGCGACAAACGUCGGCGCGGCCAGUGGAGGUGGCAGCAAGCGGCAGCAAACGGGCGGCGGGUAUGGCAAGGAGCGCACGCAGACGAAGGACAACUACGAAAACACACCGUCGGACAGUGACGGACCAGGGCGGGAUCGGUUCUCCAACACGCUGCCGCUGCGGAAGGCAAAGAAGCGCGUCGAAGCCGGAGCGAAGAGCAUCGGACCGAACGUGGGUCAGCCGGCCAGUCGGGUGAACGUGCAGAACGUGUUCGGCGGGGCCAACCAAACGGCCAGUCUACUCGCACAGACUAGCAACCCUUCGGCAUCGCUGGAAACGUCCGAGAACGAGUACCAUGAGCCGAGUCAUCCGUCGAACACUAGUGGCAGCGGUACGGCGGUCGAUUGUCUCAGUGGUGGCCCUGGAUCGCCGAUGGUUUCGCAUCGACUGCUGGGCGGCGGCGGAGGGAUACGCCCGGGAGCCAUCGUACACCCGCCGAAGACCCGGCGACUGAAGCAACCGGUCGGGAUUGGUGGUGUGGAGAACAGUGGCUUCCAGACCGUCGAAGCCCUCGAAGCCGAAGCGGCCCUCAACGGCGGUAAGCUCCUGGAGCCGACCGAAUCGGAGGUCUACUUUGCCGACGUGAGCAGCUGCUGUAACAUGUCCGUCAAGAACGACAAUUACUACGAGGAUGCGGGCCAAAAACGCAGCAAGAAGGACAAGCAGCAGCAGCAGAUGCAGCAACCGGAUCAAGCGGAUGAGUAUAUUGCGCAGCGGUUCGGCAGGCGGGAACCUUCGGUGCGGAGUCGGCUCCCGUUCCCGCAGACCGCACUACCGCUGGGUGAGAAACCGCAGGUGAUGCCCCGGUCCUCGCUGAUCCCGAAGGACAUCUCCCGCCAAAGCAUGUGUUCAGUGGAUUCGGGCGAGAAAACGGACUACACGGACCUCUCGCCGGCCACCCCAAGUACAAACUUUCCCUCGAUAGGGUCGUGCUACCCGUCGGAGGUAGCAGCCCCCCGUAGCAGCAGCAGCGGUAAACCAUCACAGUCUGCUCCGCCUCCGCCUGCAACCGAUGGCAGCCAGUCGGGCAUCCGGGGCGACCACGAGACGCCGGGCAGCUGUAACUUUAUUGCCUCGUACCCGUACUCCUCGAACGAGCAGAGCCAGGAGGCGCACCGGCGCUCGACGAAGAAUCUGCACGACAUCUUCCUGGCCCCCGACUCGCAGUACGAGGUAAUCAAGGAAUUGCAUAGAUUUAAGACGACCCCCCUAUCGCUAACACCCUUCGAUGCAUCGUCAUCACCAUCGUCAUCGUCCUGCCAGGAUUUGCCGGUGCCGUUCCCCAGCGUACCCGCACCGUUCGGAGCAGGAUCGUCGGCCGGACCAGCGAGCGUGGCCGGAUCUUCCUCUUGCGUCACCGUGCCCAGCCAGUCGAAACCGAAGUCACCGAAAAACCUCAACAUCACCCCGAUCAAACGCCAAAGUCUCGGCACCAACAUCAGUUCGAUCAUCCAGAACCUGAGCGGGAACGACGUGGGACUGCUGUACCCCGAGGGUCGCCACACCAGCAGCUACAACCAAAGCGACGAAUCGGUGGCUACCGGAUCUGCUUCGUCGUCGGGGCGACGUGAGAGUACGGUACACGAUGUGAGCGCCAGCAGCAACGAGGACAACGAAGAUACCUCCAACGAUGAGCGGUGUGGUGGUGGUGGCGGCGGCAGCGGCGGCGAUCGUCGAUUGUGA